AUGAAGGAGCUAAUAUCUAGAGAUACAGUCACCUGUUUUGUUUCUUUUGUCAUCAGUUUCGUUUGUUCUUUAUUUUAUAACAAUCCAGAUUUGAUUCUAGGAAAGGAUUUCGUGAAAAUGGUAAAGCAAAGUGUCAGUUAUAUUCACACUAGCACAACCUUGUUUAGGUGUGGAGUUCAUCCUAUUUCUGAAAAAGGUCCACCUUUUUAUCUUGUAAAUCAAACAAGAUAUCCUGGCGAGGAUGCUAUAUUUUCAUGUGGAAUGGCAUUUAAUGGCACCAUUUCUGAUGUAAGUUACAUACUUUGGCUCAAGAACAAUGAAGCGGUAGUAAAUGAAACUAACCAUUAUAUUACUUGGGAAGUUGCAAAUUAUUCUGACGGCCAAGUCGUUGUUACCACUAAUCUGAGCAUUUACUCUGUGACCGCGGAUGAUUUCGGCAUGUAUCAGUGUUACGUGACAGUAUUGGAAUCAGUGACACCAACAAACGACACAAAACAGAAACCAACACCUAAACCUAACCGACGGUCUGAAAAUGUAGACUGUAGUUGCAAAUGUGUAAAUUCUCCUUCACUUCGGAUGCCAGAAUUUAGCAAGGAAGAUAUCGCACUUGUGUAUUAUAAGCUACACAAACACCACUGGGUUGGUGAGUACCAUCUACUGCAAGAGAAACACCGUACCAGAACACUGUUUAUAGUUCCUGGAACUUUGGUUUCUGUUGCUGUGUAUUUUCGACACCUCAGAGAAAUAGAUGAUUUUUCUGUUCGUUUUACUCGAAGUGGUCAAGAUAUUCAGUCAUUUGAUACUCAAUGUUCAUACUCUGCUCGAGCCAAUGCAUGGUUAAUACACUUAAAUGGUAUAUCAGUAGCUUACAAUAACAUAACGUACAUGAACGCAACAGCAGGUCAUUGGAAGGGAAGUGUGGGAAUCAUAUGGACUUGUAUAUCUCCAUCUAUGUACGUUUUUACGGCAGCAUGGCAAAGUUAAUAUAUAUGGUAAAGUUGAAUAAUGCCUGUAAACACAAGCUGAUUAAUAAAGAUUAAAAUAGCA